AUGGAUGGCUCCGUACAGACAGUUUACCCGAGGAAGAACUGGUCUUCCAUGGUGCUCUACAACUGCGGGCACCCGAAGAACAAGGUGUUGACCCCGGAAGUUGUGAAUAGCCAGACGGGUGAUUAUCUCCAUAGGUUCCAGUGGCUUGAUGAUGGAGAAAUUGGGGAAGUCCCCUUUGUUUGGAACUUCUUGGAGGGCCAUAACAGGGCUGUGGAAGGUGAUCCUUCCACCCUCCCCAAGGCGAUUCAUUACAACCGCGGAGGGUCGUGGUUCGAUGCUUGGAAGAACUGCGAGUUUGCUGACCUUUGGCUCGAUGAGAUGGAGGAGUACAUGAAGGAGACCAAGAAAUCAAGUGGGAAUUGA